AUGGCGCAUAAAACCCCACCACCCCCACCUCCCGCUCCUCCAGCAGCACGAAGACUACCUGGAUCGGGUGAAGCAACUGUCCCAGAUACUCCAAAUGUUCCCACUGGAAGCUUUGGGAUUGGAGUAGAGGUCGAAUUCCUGCUAGAACCUCGCGAUGGUACGACUGCUGGCGGCGACAUCCGGGGCUUCUCCAAGUCUGUCGCAUCUGCCUACAAUGAGUUCCUGGCGCGGUACGCUCCAGACAAGCAUCCACGUAUGCACAAUGCGAUAAACGAGUCAUACCUCGGACCGCGAUUCGCAGAAUGGUCCCUCGACUCGGAUUCGACAAUUGAUAUGCCAAAUAAAGGCCAGGCACCCUGGGGCCUUGAGAGCAUCUCCCCGAUUUUCCGGGCUCAUAAGGAUUCAUUAUGGCGUGAACACAUCAAUUUUCUUUGGGAUUUUUUGUCCGCCAAUUACCGGAUUAGCGCAAAUCGCAGCUGUGGUACACACGUGCACCUGUCUCGAUCAGGCGGUUACACACUUUCCCAGCUCAAGAAGGUCUGUCAAAGCAUUAUACACUUCGAGCCUGCGUUUGAAGCACUUCUACCAGAGGAGAGGCUAUCAAAUGAAUAUGCACGGAGCAACUGGUUGGACAAUGAGAACUUCGGACAUAGAAAUCUGACACGAAAACAAACCAUUGCAGUCAUUCAGCAGGCUUCCAGUAUGAGAGAGUUGGUACUCCUCAUGAACCCUAACCACGAUAAGAUGUUUGGAUGGAAUUUCCUAUACCUCUUGAACAGCCCUAACGGGACGAUAGAAUUUCGAAGGGGCGCUGCCAGUACCUCUGCGCAGCAUGUCUUCGUUUCUAUAGAGAUUGCCAUGUCGUUCGUUGAAGCUGCUAUCCGACUGGGCGAUCUGGAGAGACUCGGAAGGGUCCCCGCGACUAUUGGCGGUCUGAAGUGGUUCAUCAGGGCCGCAAAGCUUCCAGAGAAUGUGCCUGGCUUGUACGAUUCGCGAUAUCUUGACCUUCUGUUUUCGAGGAAGAGUGAGAAUGCGUUCAGAGAGCCCAAACCACUCGGAAACCUGUCCGCUUCGAGGCUGCUCAAGCUCAAGAACAAGAAAGAGGAAGACAAGAGGAAGAACCUUGCCAUGGUAAAAAUGCUUCAAGAGCCUUACUGGAGCUAG